CUUCCUUCAAACAUCGAUGUGUUGGUGUUAUUUGUCAAAUUACGAGUGGAAUACUUGGCAACAAUAGUCUCCUCAAACAAAGCUGGUUGAAUCAAGAUUGGAUACUCUCAGAUUUUUAUAGGCUAUAAACACCGAAACGUGUCGAUUCGGCAUUGAGGAUCGUUGAAGGUAGGAUUUUGUAUAGAACUUUGAAUAUCGCUUUCCAUUUAAUUAAACAGUCCAGUCGACAUCAAUUCACGCAAUCGAAAGCUUUAUAUAUGUUGGUGAAGAAAUAGUUUUUCAGUGUAAGCAUAAUCGUGCUUCGUGUUCGUCUAUUUUAAUAAUACCCAAACACCGAAACGAAUCAAGUGGCAACGACAGGCGCAAAGUGUGAUACAAGGUUAAAUAUAUUCGACCAUGUAAGAACUUUAUUCGAUUUUAAACCUCGAAUAAUAUGUUAUUAUCUUGCUGUCAUAGACCAUCUAAGGCCCACAAAAGGAAAUCAUAUACAGUCGUCUUUGUGGGCUAAGGGUGAAGCUUCAAGUUUUGAUAUAUUUCCGUUUUGAUGGAUUGAUAUUAUGCUGUGUUUACAUUUUGCUUUCGCCUGUUGAGUUUAACAACUUGAAACGAAAUUUGAAUUUAUAAAUAAUCUAAUAGCUCAGGCUCGGCUUAAGUGAUUGCUCUUUUAUUACGACUGCACGUUUUAAUAUAUUCACGUCUGUAAGAUUUUUACUUGAACGUAUUCUGUAAUUGCCAAAUGUUUAAGUUUGAGAUGUUUUGCCUUUUGGUAUCUGGAUUAGGACGAGGGGGCGAAAAAUUUUUUGCGGCCGCAAAAAUCUUGCGUAAUAUGUAUUUUUUAUGCAUACAAGUGCAUUCUUCUGGCAAAAUUCUUGCCAAGUCUGUGCUAGUGAUCAUUCCUCAAGGAGUUAAUUUUAUAAGAGUCCGCAUUUUGCAGCAUGUAGCAAUAACGUGAGUAAUUGAAUCGUAAUUGAAACAUAUAUAGGCGCGCGCAGGGCUUGAGGAAGUAGGUGGCUGUCCUCAAUACAGGAAUAUUUUUACUAAUGUAUUUAGAAUUUUUGUACUUUUUUUUGCUUGAUCAAUUAUUUGCUGGACAAGCUAAGCUUAGCUACAGACAUAUAGUUUAAAUUAUUGUUGAAUAUCUGGUUACAAAUCUUUAAACAUAUAAUAUCGAAUUAAUUUGAUCAAGUUGAUUGAUUUCAUGAUCAAGCUUCCCACAAAAUUCUCAGAUUUUCUCCCUGUGUCAAACUUGCACUUGAUGAUGUGAGACACAAACCAAAGCACCUGGUACGAGGCAGCACAGACAUUAUAUAUCUUGUAAAUUUAUAUAACAAGAAUUAAUUCUUACAAUUUAUAUAUUUUAAGAGAGCAGCAUAUUUUGUAAAUGUACAGCAGGUUAUUACAUAAUUUUCUUAUGCAGGGAUGUUGGAACGACACUUUUUAAUGGAAUUUCGAUUUCCUUUCCCCUCCCACCUGCCCCCCCCCCAAAAAAAAACUCCACCACAAUUAGGGAUUUCAUAAUUAAUUCCACCCCGGCUAUGAGAAAAGUGAUAUACAUUUUCACCUAAACCAUAUUUUGAUUUACAAUUCUGGGAACAUGCAGCCUUGCAGCAAACAUACAGUAUAAUGUUUAAAACAUAUCAAAUAUAUCCCUGAAAUCAAACAGUUGUCCUUUUUGCCCAGUGAUGCCCCCCCCCCCCUGGUGUCUGUGUGGUUAUGUAUACCUUGCAAUUGGAUAGUUUAAGUGUCUCCUUCAUAACAAAUGCUGUGCAAGGAAAAAAUGAACUUUCUAUUUAAAACUGUAAUGAAAAUGAUUGCCAAGAAAACUCCACUCCACUGUUUGCCAUUGCGAAAAGUGAAGCUUGUUACAGCCUAAUUCGUACAUUAGGGAGUUAACUAGCAACCAUUAUAUACUCGUAAUGCACAUCUUGAAAAGUGUGAUUGCAAUAAAAUUUUGAUCCUGUUUUCGCGAAAAUUAUCUUAUUAUCCUAUUAGUAUAAUUACAUAGGUGAUUAUUGAAAAUUCUCCACGCUGAUUGGUUGCCGUUGAGGUGAUUAUUACGCGAUAAUCACCUAAGCGAUUUUCAAAAUGGCGGUCGAAGCCGUUUUGUCAAUUAAAUGACGAAGAAAUGUGCAUUUUAAAAUCUGUUUCCAAAUAAUCACCUAUGAAAUUAUACUAAAACAAUUAUUCACCUCAGGCUCGGUGAUUAUCGUGAAUAAAAACCUCGACUUCGUCUCGGUUUUUAUUCACCGAUAAUCACCUCGCCUUCGGCGAAUAAUUGUUAAUUAACUAAGUAUUGUCUUACGGUAAAAACAUCACGUAUUAUAUUUCACAUUUGCAAAUACAUCAGCCUCUGUAUUUGCUUGCUGAAAGGUAGGGAGAAAUUCUUAGGCGUAAUUGUGACAAGUCUAGUAACCUAUCGUCACGUACAACAACAAAAAAUGGGGAAGUAUAAAUACAGCGGUUAUAAGAUUUAAUAAUGAAUAGCAAUAUUAAUAUCUCCGAAAAAAGUAAUGUUAAAUUGUAUUUCCACGAAUAUCUCGUUCGCUGUUCUUGUUAAAUGUAGUAUAGAUUAUUACUUCAUCAAUCAUGGUUGGUGAGUGCGUACGAUAUGAUAUAUUUAAUAUUUAUUUAGGGUCACGUCCAUAUUCAUGUUGCCACAAAUACAAAUAACGUCCAAUCGACGUUAUUUAAAUUAAUACUCACCCAUCAGGCAUCACCCACCCACCCACUCCAGUUAACGGCGUCGGACGAUAAUUACGAUAUUCAGUCGUAUUUUGACUUUCGUAUUUAUAUAUAUACCAAAGCUGUACUGUGAUAGUUACUUUGGACAUUAAUUGUCAAAUUGCCACGAGAUAACGUCUACAAGUUCACAUAAAAACCCAACCACCCACGCACCCACUCAUAACGUCGAUCGACGUUAUUUGUAACUCUUACCGCUUAUUUCUUCAUUUUUUGCUAGAAUUCGAAUCGAAGAUGUUUAUGUGAACUAAUUUCUGUCUUGGCUGUUUUCCUGAUGAUAAUAUAGUCGCUUUAUAAGCGAAGAAUGCAAUAAAAACUCUCACUUCGGCGACGUCGCUAAAACCGGGCGCCAUGUUUACAAUUAUGAGCGGGAAACACUAGCCAAUCAAAACGCUGCGACAAUAAUCCACCACAAGCGCAAAAGAAGAAAUAUUUUCGCGACAACGAACCGUUGUUCUCAGCGGGAGUGUCAGAAUAAUAUAAAACUAGUUGUUCAUACAUAUCUCUGGGGAUAGUUCUGAAGUACAACAAACCUACACUUAAACCUUAAAACUAACAACUUAUAAAUAUAAAACCAUUGAACAAACAACUUAUAAAUAUAUCAUUAUUAUUUCUACCCACAAUUGAACAAUGCAUAUUAUUUUUCACUUUCAGAAAUAUCAAGUAACAAAAGAAAAGAUAAAAAUGUCAUACCAAGCGUAGCUAUUAUGAACAUGCCAGAAUCAAAACCUCGUCCGCUCCCGAAGCCACGAGUGCGUCACAAAUCCGUACCGGCGAGCGCGAUUCAAUCUACAAACGUCACUCCCAUUGUAUCAAGUUCUGCACCUGCUAGCAAACCACCUAUUACUAAGCCUAAACCAGCUGGUUACAAACAACUCGAGUUUAAUAAUAAAAAUUUGGUCAGUAUUAAAGCUGACAUCGACAUAGGUGAUGAAUCUACUGCAAAUCUAGAGAACAAUGAUUGUAAGGAUAAUGAGAAUUUUGAAAGAAACAAUAACGUAGCAAAUUUUAAACAUGGAAAUGGCAAAAGUUUGAUCGGAAAUGGACUAAAAGAUAACAAGGUGAGUUUUUUUCCGAGGCCAAAAGCGGUACAGUACUGCUCACAAAUGACCUGCCAGAUUUUAUUCUCCGGAAACGCUUUUUUCAUUGCGUUCCGUUUCAUAGCUUCCAAAUUGUUCUACCCGCCGAACGCGUCCGAAACGCAAUUAAUGAAACUGCGGAAAAGAUAAUAAGAUGAGUUUUUUUUCCGAAGCCAAAAGCGGUACAAUACUGCUCACAAAUGAUCUGCCAGAUUUUAUUCUCCGGAAACGCUUUUUUCAUUGCGUUCCGUUUCCAUAGCUUCCAAAUUGUUCUACCCGCCGAACGCGCCCGAAACGCAAAUGAAACGGCGGAAACGCCAACGUAGUUAUUUUAAAAGAAGCUAUUUUAUGCCAAUUACUGAAAUAAUCAUAUCACGGGUUGUAAGGUCGGGCCACGUCCAUAUUCAAGUUGCCAUGCAAACGUGAAUAUGACGCUUGACAUUCUCAAGUCUGGGUGCGUGGUUUAGCUUGAUAAAAGCGUCAAUUUGCCUUUGAGCCAGUGGCAGGGUAAGAUGAAUUAAAACAACUGUUUUUAUUCCGGUGAAAUCAAAUUGUCCUAAUGCCCGUUUUUCUUAUAAACCUUGUUCACACGUAACAUAAGCAAGAAAAAAAAGCUUAACGCGGCUGAACAAAGAGAUGCAGCGAAGCGCAGGGACGAAUUUAAUUCGUCCCUUAAAAAUUGUUGAUACAAGAUUGCUUAACGGAGAACAUGAAUCCUCUGUGCUGGAUAGUAUUCAAUAAACCAUCUUAUGUUGUAAAACACCGUUUCCUCAAUAGUCAUUUAACAAUUUUGACAUCACAGGGGCCAUGAAACCAGAACCUUUCGGGGGCCCUUUUAGAAUCAGCCCUCACCCACCCACACACACCCUCUCGCUACCGUUUCUUGUGUUACUGACUUGCUUUUUAACGUUUUGUUUUUUCAUUACUCAUUAGGCAAAUAACGUUGCAUCUUCUGGUAUAAGAUAUUCCAAGCCUUUACCGCCUUUACCCACAGAAAGCCCAGAACCAGUACAAGACGAAAACAGCUCAAUUAUGGAAGUCACCUCGAAACCACCAACGGAAAAUAGCAACACGUUUGAUAUGUCAAAAUUACCCAAGAAGCCGCCAAGAUUAAACACUUCAGCUUCUGACUCACAGAUCUGUUCAAACGAAGAUACGAAACACUCAACAGACAGAAAUUCAGCGUUCGUUGAAUCGAACGAUGCCAUGACUAACAGCAAACGAAAUCCUCCUUUGCCAAGGAAACCGACAUGUUUGCGAAAGUCCUCAGGUCUGGAGGAAGCUCAGAUUAGUACUUUUGAUAUAGAUUCACCCGAAAUGGAAAAUAUUAAUGGCAAAAGUAAAGAAAGUUUAGUUCAAAAUCAAAGCGCAACCUCACUUGAUCGUGGUCGGACUUCUAAGGAAAGAGGAAAUAUGCAUACAUUCUCUUCGGAUUCUCAAUUAGGAAAGUUACCUAAACCUAGUUCGUAUCUGAAACCAAAUAAUAAAGAUAAUAUUUCAAAUGUUGGGUGUACGCCACCAUUGCCACGGAAACCGGUUAGGAUGCUUUCGCCGGCAGCUAAUCAGCUCACAGAUUCUUUGAAGAACAAUGGUAGCGAGGAGAGGAUGAAGAAUGACGAUAGCUUUAACAGGCGUAGAAAUCGAUCGCCACCAUACGAAAAGCGAGUCUCGACUUCAUUCGAUAUUAAAGCUGAUAUAAAAUGUGAUGAAAAGAAGGUGUCCAGUUUACCUGGUGAAUCAGACUUCGGUAAUGAAGAAAAUAAACGAAUACCUAACACAACACACAGAUAUAAUGAAAAUAAACAAAUAACAACCGCUAAGCAAGUUAACGAACCUGCUAGUGUGGGAAGGUCAGGGUCAAACAAAAGGAACCCCCCACCUGAUCGCCCACCUCCCCCAGGUCCUCCCCGAAGGCCACCCCCCGGGUUACCCAAACGGCCAUCGAAACGAAAGUCUGAACCUCCACCUUUACCAGAUACCCCAAGGCCUGUGUCUAUAGCACGAGAAAAUGCAGUCAAGAUAAAACCUUUUCGAAGGUCGCAGUCUGUAGGAGAUCUCCAAGAUGAUGACGGUACGUUGUUACGAUUAUUAGGUAGAAAAUAAUGUGUUAUCAUUACACCUACACCUGGUAAUUUAAUAUGAUUGUGUGUAGAUACACCCUGUGUUAAUGAUUCGUUAAAUAGGAUAACACUCAUCGCACGAUAGUUGAUAGUACCAUCCAGUUCCGACUCAGUGAUCGGAAUGUUCCAUUGUCUUUUAAAAAUCCUGCUGUUCUUCAUGACGUUGUUUUGACAUGUCUGUGAUCGUGACAUUAGGUAAAGGCCUAUUCUCCCGCUUUAGUUGGUAAAUUGCCUGAUAAAUAAAUAGAUAUUACAUUCUUCGAAUAUACGUUGGUCCUUGCAGAUUCUUUAUACAGCGAAGCCUACGAACACGUGCGUGACUCCUUGUAUGCUGUUGGUCCCACAAGAGAUGGCAGUGGUGAUGAUGGGGAAUAUGAAUCUCCUGACAAAAACAUGGUCAAGGAAUUUAUGCAAGUCAGGCAACAAAAAUCACAGUAAGAUAAUGGACAACUUGCAUGUUAGACUAAAAAAAGUUUGCAUGGUAACAAUUAUGUGUAUGUAUCCACCAUGCUUUCUUUAAUACCUUAACAGGGAGAACCUGAAGAAGAAAGAAACUAAUGUGAUAAGGGAAAUAAAAGAAAGCAAAACAGCAACAAGUAUGCAAUGAUUUUAUUAAGUAUAUUGUGAAGAAGGAUUAUGUAGCGCAAUCAUCAGAUCAAGCGCCUUUCACCUCCGAGAUCAUGGGUUCGAUUCUUGGUGUGGACUCAUUAGGGCCAUUUAUACGGGACAAAAUAAGUCGCGACUUACAUAAGACGCGUCUUAUAUAAGCGGAGUUAUCGCAUAAAUGGUUCUCUACGGCUUUAUUCUUAUUUACUUGCUAUAGCUAUAAUGUUGUUUCGGUUGUUUUUGUUUUAAUAUGCAAGGCUAAUAAUUUUACGUUGUUUCAAGUUUCGGGCAUGUGUAGUUAGAAUUUUUGUCUAAAAUUUCUUAUUUAAGACGCGGCUUAAAUAAGAACAGCUAAAAGUCCUGUUCUUAUGUAAGACGCGUCUUAUCCAAGACGCGUCUUACAUAAGAAUUUUGUACCUUUUAUACGACAAACUCGCGUCUUAUUUAAGUCGCGUCUUAUGUAAGUCGCGUCUUAUUUUGUCCCGUAUAAAUGGCCCUAUUGUGUGAAAAGAGUCUGUCAACGUCUACCAAAAGGCGUGGGUUUUCUCAGGGCACUCCGGUUUCCUCCCACUAAGAAUGUUGACAGUGUGGGUUGGGAUUAUCCCUAACUGACCUUUCCAGCGUAGCUGUGCUCCGUGAUCCGAUAUGAGUCAGAUGAUGAGACAUAAGAUGGCUGCCAGGGGAACCCUUAGAAAUCCUUCAACCAAACCAGUUUGAGCUGCGUUCUUCGUAGUACAAAUUUUAUGCUCUUAUGGUGCGCAUUUGUUUUGACAUGCUGCAAGUGUUCCGUACAGUAGAUACUUCUCAUUCCUUAUCCAGUGAUUUCUUGAAAUCCGAAUCCCGCCAUUUUUCUUCACUUCAUCCAAUUUGACAGUUGCCAAAAUAAACGUUGUCCUGAAUUUUUAUGUUGUAAAGAUCUGGGGGCGGUUCUAUAAAACUCUUAAUCACUUUUUUAAUCACUAUUUUGUAGUUAAAUAUAUUUAACUUUAAUCACUUUUUUAUACAACCGGCCCCUGUCUUUUAGUUCUUUGUUAAUGUGUACUAUUACGUUAUUUUUCAGGGAAAGUGUCAACAUAUUCUUCAAGUUCCGACGAUUCUGAACACGAGUACGUCGAGCCUAUUUCACCAACACCUGAAAAGAGGAUGAGUAAAGGUAAUUAAUCUUGCCGUACGGGCCCAUAUACACCAUUUUGGAGUACUAUCGUCUCACGUCAGAGAAUCUAGACUAAACAAUAUGAAUUGUACCAUUAGUCCAUUAUAUACACAACUACAGUUAUAAAAUGUCGCAAUUUGUGAGGUAUACACCCUCAGACGUGGGCGAGGCAGCACCUCAAGAAUGGUGGAAAAGCCAAGCAUGAGAAAGGAAAUGGGCAAGGCGUAGGAAGUGAAGGAUAUGGAAAGCAAAAAAUAUGGACAAGCGAAGUUGAGGAAAAUAAGGGAUUUAUUUAUUUUAAGUCAAGAGAAACAAGCUAUAUGUAGCUGGGGUGUUACUAUUUUCAUUAUGCAUACUUUUAGCGUAUUUUUCAUCAUCACAAGUUUUCAUUUUCUUCUCUUCAUCAGUGACAACAUCACCAACCAAUACCGUGAGUUCUGGUGGUUCUAGUAACUAUGUUGAAGCGAUACAUCUAGAAUCUGAAUCGACUACGGGAAAAUAUGAAUUCAAGGUUAGAUAAUCAAUCGACUGAAUCGAGUAUUACACCAUUUCUGUAACCGUGUAUUCUGACUGCUAAGAAAACAGGGGGGAAAUAGAAAUGUGAUUUUAACUGUACUGUUUAUAUUUUAUACCUUAUAGCCAUUCAGUGACAUAGACAGUGACUGGUCUGAAACGAAAGUCAUUGAUUGGGAAUACGAGGGAGAAAGUGACGAUUCAGGUUUGGAAUCUGUAUUUAUUAUUAAAGAUGCGAUACAGUCCGUCCUGCGCAUGCUGACAUUGGAGUCUCCAUCUCCAACAGGACAGGUUCUAUGUUCUCUCAAAGUAUUUUCUUGAUCAUUUAUUUCAUUCUAGAAGUAGGAAAAAUUGUCUGCAUACAAAAAUGUAGACAAAGUUGACACGUACGAACGGACUGUACCACGUCGUUCUCUUCCCCUUUAUUUCUUAUUUCUUAUUUAUUUCUUACUUUAUUUAUUGAAAUUUACUGUCACGAAAAUUGAUUCCUUUACCAUAUUUUCAAUGAAUAACCUGUCUUAUACUAUGUUUAUAUAUAGAUGCAAGCUAUGUUGAACCAGACGGUGAUGACGAUGAUUUUGGUAAGUUUCUGUGUGUCUCUUGUACAAGAAUAGUUCAGUUAAUAGGUUGGACUAAUAGGUUAAGUUGGAGGGACAAUGGGUCGCUCGGUGUUUGGUGUAUCACCCUGUCAGCUAGCAUGUCAGACAUGUCAGUCAAUGAUUAUAAAAUAUUAAUAAGUUCUUAUUUCUAACAUUUUCAUCUUUUUCUGUUACAUUUUAGACGAUGAGGACGAUGAAGGUAUACUACUUGUUUACAUACUAUUGAUUGGUGAUACAAUUAUUUUUUUAAAUGUUUUAACUUAAAUAGAACCGGACUUCAGUAAACGUCGAGAAACAGGAGAUUGUAAUUAAAGCCCCAUCCAAUCGAGUUCAAUGUCGUCCAACAUUGUUAGUCCACCAACGUUGCACAUGUUUGAUCAAUGUUUAAUAGUACAAAGUCAAAUCCAAUCCAAUAUGUUGAAUUACCCAACAUAUUUUUACAAAUGAUGCCAACAAUGAUGUUGGAUCAACAUGUUGACCUCGUUUCAACGCGCCUUAACUGCUUUGGCGUUGACAUUCAAUAGUAAAACCAAGAAAAAUUCCUCUCUUGUAUUUGCGAAACGAGUAGACUGUACUGUUGUACUCUUGCUUCGAUAUCCUCCUUUUCAUGUGAUUAUUUUCUCACGUUCCGUGUACAAUAGGAAGAUACAAAACUUGAGGAUAUAACUUUUAUAUGCGCUUAUUGGGCGACGAUGCGGACUGAACACUCUAACUUUCAUGCUUUCUAACCCUUAGCUUUCACGGAGGAACCUCUGUACCAAAUCUACCAAGCAGUUGUGCUUGAAAAAGAACGAACAUUGAGCUUAAAACGAGCGAGGAAGGGCACCAGCAUUAUUGGAAGUUCCUCGGCGACACGUGGACGAACAUUUACAUUGGCACUUGGUGGUACAUUACGUGGAGGAAAGAUGUUGUGGUCACAGUUACCUGAAGUAGGUUACACGACAACUUAUCCAGAUCUGCUAUGACUUAUUUCAAUUAUUUUUGCAUGUUAGCUCUUUGUUUUAUUGUUCAAGAAGAAAAUGAACCAGAAGGGAAGAUCUGUUAGUGCAUUGCACAUGUGUGUAUGAAAAUGCUUCAUAUUUGACCCCGUCAAACACCACAGGCUUUUUAGAGUAUUCUAGUUAUCUCCUGUGAUAACACUGGACCACUAUGCCUUUGGGAUGGUCCGAUGGUCCUUACUGGACCUCAAGAGAGGGGAGUUUAGAACUGAUAGAGUUUUUAUCUUAUUUUACCAGGUUCGUAGUGCAGGCUUACUGGAAAAUGUGUCUGCAGAGCAACGCAAGCUUCAGGAGGUGUGUAAAAUCAUAGAGAUAAAAAAUUACAGAACCAUUCUCAGAGAAAAAUGAAGACAGAAUUUCCAACAUGGCUUCUUGCUGCAAACGUUUACUCGAGCGGAUUUAAAACUCGCACCUUCGAGACUCCAGUCCGCCACUCUACCUAUUGAGCUAUCGAUUGGAGGCGAGUUUUAUCCAAUUUAAGUGCACGAAAUAUUUUCACGACGAUUUGAACCCUACUCAUUCGUGGUAAUGUUUGCACCAAGACGGUGGUGAACGGCAUCGGGUGCAUGUUGUACAUUGCCAUACUAUAGUUAUAUCGUAUAUGUGUAUGUAUAUUUAAAUGUUGACACUGCUUUUACUAUGACACGUUUAUACGUUAUUAUAGGCAAUAUUUGAAGUGAUUUCAUCCGAAGCAUCGUAUUUAAAGAGUCUCAAUCUGUUGGUGGAUCAUUUUCUCAACUCACAGGAGUUCGCUACGGAUUCACAGGAUUCAAUUUUGGACAAGCGUCAAAUAUCUGAAUUGUCCUCAAACAUUAUGGAGAUUGUUAAAGUCAGUGAAAGGUAAUUCCAAUCUAGAGAUGAUUCGUUAAAAUAGAUUUAAUAAUUUUCCUGAUUUGCACAAACUUUACCCUCGAUGUUCUCAGAUACAAUCGCUUCUUUUUGAAUAUAAAUUUCUUAAACAUACUAACCAAUGUGUCACGUAUUAUAUAUUUAGAUUUUUAGAUGAUCUACGGUCUCGUCAACGGCAAUCAGUUUUGAUUCAAAGUAUCAGUGAUAUUAUUACAAAUCAUGUGAGUUCCGACUCAGCGCACUUAAAGAUUGAUAUGUUUUUGUACUUUUUGCACAAAAAGUUAAUUACAUAUUUGACAUUUUUUCGUUAUUAGGCAACCAAUUUCUUUAAAGCAUAUGUGACCUACUGUUCAAGUCAAUACAAGCAAGACAGAGCAUUAGCAAAUUUAAAGUAAGAGUACAUAGAAUUUUUCGUGCAUUGAAGCACAAGGCAAAAAGAGAUGACCUACAUACGAGAAAAAUUUCUCUUUCUUCAGGAAAACAAACUUGAGGUUCUCCGAAGCUCUGGAAAAACUGGAACGAGAUUCGCGUGUAUUUGGUUUAACGUUGCAAUCAUUCUUAGUUCUUCCUAUGCAGAGAGUGACCAGAUAUCCUUUGUUAGUUGACGUAAGUGCAGGGGGAUACCUUCCUUUGUAAUUUAAUCAUUAUAUAUACAUACUGUAGAAGUAGAUGAAAAUUUCGAGCAUAAUUUUAUAUUUUUAGACCUGCCCGGAAGCAUUCUCGUUUUCAGGGCUUCUCGGUUGGCUGCGUGGAAAAUGCAACCAUAGGCAGAAAAUGUUUCAACAUUCAGUUCUAUAGAGCAAGAUGAGCAAAAUCUUCAAUAUUUACUCAUAUACUACCUUACACUGGCAUCACUUUAGUAUAUAUUAGCUACAUGCAUGAACUCGACAAUUGACCACUUGCGUAAUAGACUAAAUUUUGAUCUAGACAGAAAUUUCAUCACAGCUUGAAAGAGCAUCACAAAAUUAGUAUAAUAUUCUGAAGUUUCAUUGCGAAAUGUUUUAAAAUGCGGAUAAUAUAUAGCCUUGCGAAGUUUGCAAUUUUCAGUCAUUUUAGAUUACAAAUGGGAAAUUGACAGCCCAAUACCCUUUGGGGCUGUCAAUUUCCCGUUUGUAAUCUAAAGUGACUGAAAAUUGCAAACUUCGCAAGGCUAUAUUAUCCGCAUUUUACAACAUUUCGCAACGAAACUUUGGAAUAUUACUAAUUUUGUGAUGCUCUUUCAAGCUGUGAUGAAAUUUUUGUCUAGACUUGUUUAGAUCAAAAUUUAGUCUAUUACGCAAAUGGUCAAUCGGACUCAGGAUUGCAGGUUGAUUCCUGCAAAAGGGCAUAUGGUUGCAUUUUUCGCAACUGCUCCCGGUCAGGUCUAUAAAUAUAUGUUAUAGAAAUUUUCCAUUUAUAAUUUUUAGGCGAUUGUACGUCGUUGUGAACCAGGACACAAGGAAUACUACAAGACUGAUGGCGCUUUGAAAGCUGUUAAUGAGGUGAAUACCGAUUAGUAUUACAUUAAUAAGAGUUAAUACGAUAUCAAGUCAUGCGAGACCAUGGAUAAUAAAAUAAAUGGAUAUGAAACUAGCUGACGUGACCUAAUGUUUUUACUGGGAUUGAUGGCGUGGCUGGGUGCCUCAACCUAGUUGAAAACCAAAUUCUCAAAAACGGCAUGUUUAGCAAUAAUACAGCUAAACAUUUUAGUCAAAGAGCAAAUAAAUAUAACCACGCCAUUCUACGAUGAAAACUCUAAGUAUUCCCAGUCAAUUUUAGCAAAUAUUUCAAGCACUAAACAGUGAAAAAUACAUCGCAAAUUUCGUUAAAAUUGGCGACGCCAAUUUCGUAGCUACAAAUGUAAAAAAUACAAAACAAAGACGAAAAACAUUUACCUUGAAUACUUUGUCGUGGCUUAGGCAUGUUUUUAAAACAAUUAGACCAGUUUACGCUUCAAGAUCACCCUUUUAAAGUGGAAAAUAUAGCAAAACAACAAAAAUGCCGAGAACUUUGGUAACAUUCGCAAUACGCGUGACGUCACGUUUUUCAACAAGGAUGCAGUCAAUGACGUCAGAAGUUUCAUAUCCAUUUAUUUUAUUAUCCAUGGCGAGACCAAUAUAAUGUAUACGCUACAUUAUUAUAACGUUCGUAAGUCUAUGCUAAGAUUACAAGCUCUGGUCGGUAGGAAUGGAAUUGGUAGCUGUUCGAGAUGCAUCAGCCGCAUCAGCAUAAACAAUUGGGAUAUAUUCUGAUUGAAAAUUAAAUCUAUUUCAAUUUUAAUGUAGAUUGUACAUAAAUGCAACGAAGGAGCAAGGAAAGAAGAGAGAAAAGAGGAAAUGAUACAGAUUGAAAAGAUUAUUGCAUUUAUGAAAAUGAAUGUAAGUUUUUAUAGUUUCCAGACAGUGUCUGCAUACAUACGUAUAGGCAAUUCCAGCUUUUAGUUUAUGCGUACAGGGGGUGAUGGGAAGUAAGGUAUCAUAUUGCUGAUUAUGCUGAAAAAAUAAAAAUGGUGGCCGUGUAAACACAGAGUGAUAGCUUAUACUUGUUACUAUUGAAAUAUUUCGGUUGUUUCGGCAGUUUUUAUUGAACAUUUUCAGCAUAAUCAGCGAUAUGAUACCUUACUUCCCAUCACCCCCUGCACGCAUAAACUAAAAGCUGGAAUUGCCUAUUCAGACAGACAGAAGUGACAAACGUGGAGGUAAAAAACAUAACCUCCUUACAGAGGUAACAAAACGAUCUAUUCUUUUCUAUUCAAUAUAUAGUAUUAUAACAUAGCAUUUGUAAAUUCUGAACGCUGAUUGGCUAAGAGCGGUGUUGAUAUAACUCAAUGUCAACACGGAAACGUCGGAAAAUUUCUUUCUUUAUGUUUCUUUGUGCUAUAUUAUAAAACAAAUAUAAAACAUUUUUUCCCUAUUGAUAUAUAGUUAUAUCAACACUCGUGAAAAUUGGGAAAACCACACAAUUUCUCGUUUUCCCAAUUUCCACUCGUGUUGAUAUAAUUGUAUAUCAACACGGAAAUUGUUUUAUAUUUGUUAAAUAUUGAUUACAUAUUUGAACAUUUCUUUAGCCAAUCAAGUUAGUCACAGAUGACCGUUGGCUGUUACGCCGUGGUCCCAUUCAACUUCUUGAGGCUGAAAGUAAAUCAACGUUGAGCAAUACGUUGCGAGGAAGAUUCAAGAAAUAUCGGGUGAAGCCUAUCUAUCUGUUCCUAUUCAGUGAUCUCUUGGUCAUUACGAAAAAGAAAAGGUAAUUCCUAGCACGCUUCAGUCACAUGUGAGAAGAGUACUCUUAGUUUGAGGCCUAUGCUCUGGAGUAAGAUGAUGCGAGUUUAGGCGAUUUAAGCAAAAACUGCCACAUUUAGACUCUGCAUGUUCUUACGUUGACCAUUGAGUGGCCAAAUAUUGCGUCUAAUCCAGCCUAGACUUAGGCCUUCUAUUUUUAUUUAUAUAUUUUUAAUAUUCAGCGCUUUUUCACAUGAAAAGACUGGGACUAGAUGAUUUGGGGGCGGGGCGGAGGAAGGACUUGCUCCCUCCGCCCCGCCCCCAAAUCACCUAGUCCCAGUCUUUUCAUGUGAAAAAGCGCUGAAUAUUAAAAAUAUAUAAAUAAGACUAGAAGGCCUAAGUCUAGGCUGCGUCUAAUCCACUAUUCCACUAUCCAGGUUGCACCACUUUUGAUUGCGAAACACCGAAAUUAUUUUACAUGAAUUUAUUAGUAAAUUAGCAGCAAUAUAGACCUAUGAGGGAUAGUUCUAACUGGACCUCGUGGGAGGAUAGUUUAAAACUGAUAAACAAAUAAAAACAAAACAAGAUAAGUUUAAUAUUUCUGAAGUACAAAUUCUUCAUCAAUGUGUUUUUAGUGAAACAAUGUACAGUGUGAUUGACUACGCCAAACGAAACAUGAUCAGAAUACAGGAGACGAACUCGAAAGCGACGAACGCCUUUCUUUUGGUUUUCCUCGAAAAUUUUGAGAAGAAAACAAAGGAAUUGAGCGUAAGAGCUGACAAUGAGUAAGUUACUUUUUGAAUACUUUAUGCAUAGCAGAAUACUUAGCUGUAGACUGCUCAAUUAGAUGAAUGAUUAUUAAAAUCAACUUCAGCCAUCGUACACACCUAGGCUCGAUUCCAGAUUGUACACCACGGUCAAGUUAAGGUUGUGUCUUCCACUUGGGAAUUGAUUCCUGCCAUAUCUACAAUUGUCUAAGGCCCCAGUUACACGAUACCGGAUUCGCAUCGGAGCGACAUCAAAUUUUACUGCUUCGAGGUGAAUUUGGCACUUAAAAUUAUGAUAACAUAACAUAAUUAAACAAAAAGUUCAAAUAUGAAAAGUUGUAAGAGCAGACAAGACUGGAAAACACCUUAAAUUGAUGUCGCUCCGAUACGAAUCCGGUAUCGUGUAACUUGGGCCUAAUAUUUCACCACAGUAUGUUGCACCUGAUAAUUCAAUAAAGAAUGGUCGUUACUGGACUCGUAGUGUUAUCCAGUAUGGAUGAAGACAUGAAGUUAGUUAAAUACUGUAUUAAUCUCGUACUCUAGGACGGAUUUGACACGUUGGAGAGAAGCAUUUAAACCACCAUCAGCCUCAACAGAUGACGAGAAGAUAUACGGAACAUGGGGUCAGUUAAUAAACUAGAAAAUGAUAUAGUUAUUUGGUCAUAUUUCUGGUGAAUGACUGAAUAUUUCACUGACUCAUUUCUUUGUAGUUUGGUUAUGAAUUUCUGUUUUAUCAAUGAACUAAUUUCCCAUCUAGAUUGCCCACAAGUGCAUGCUCUACAUGACUAUCAAGCUCAACAAUCCGAUGAACUCAGUCUAGUUCCUGGUGAUGUUGUUAAUGUUCUAAGAAAACUACCCGAUGGUAAGAAUGCUUUUCCUUGCAAUGAAAAGUCACCUCAGAAAUUCUACAUAUAGGUGCAAAUUUUUAUUGAAGUUCGUUGCCAUACAUGCAUGAGUCAUACCCAGCAAUUUGUACAAUGUACAGUAUCUUCAACUGUAAAGUUUAAGGCUUAUUUAUCCGCCCUUUUAGGAACGGACUUUGUGGAGUCGUCCUUAGAUACCAUCAUGAAAGAUCUGUUUUAUACUAAUUUUGACACUCUUAUAAUAAGAACAACGUAAAUUCCUUGUACCGAAUAUGUCGAUGUCGAAUGAACGCUUGAGGAAAGGUUGAGAGGAAUAAUUAUUCUACUUGAGAAAAGGAUUUAACAAUUUUUCUUUACCUACUAGGUUGGUAUGAAGGUGAACGUAUCCGUGAUGGUGUAUGCGGCUGGUUUCCAGCCAAUCACACAGAGGAAAUCCGCAACGAACAUGUUCGCGCCAGAAACCUACAUCAGAGAUACAGACUGUUGGCUGCAUCUACUGCUUUUCUGGACACCAAAAAGAGGUGACGUCAUCCAAAAUUGGGCGCAUAGCCCAGUUACGCGGCCAGUGAGAAUAUCUGGUGAAUCCGUGCAUAUAGUCAAUGAUCAAAAUAUGACAAACUCGGCAAACUUCAUAGUGUCUAUAAUGAGAGGUAUGAUUUUAUGAUUAACCUUCACCAUGCAUAAAACGGCAAAUUCCGGUCUGAUGGGAGAAAGCCUUCGCAUGGAAAAUUUUAUCCCACUUGACUGAGAUCCCAUCUGGUCUUAUAUGUAAUUAUAUGAACAGGGCCUUAAUAGACCCAUUGCACUGACGUCACAAAUCCUUAGAGUGUCCUCCAGAUGCUCCCUAACAAUACUGUAUAUCUGUUCGGGUACAAGAACCACAUACAGCGCAAAAAUUAACCAUUUUAAUACAAAAUUAUUAUAAACUUUUACAAAAUUUGCUUUGUUUACAAAAGUUAUAUUAUGCAUAGAUUGCUAAUUUGUCCUCCGGAUGCAACGUCACCGGCGCUGUGACGUCAUGUGCAAUGGGUCUAUUCUUCAUGCAAGAAAUCCUUGUUUUCACGUGUACAACUUUGCACGACAUAAACAAAUAGAAAAACACCUUGAGACAUGAGAGAUUUGAUUGUGUGAAUAAAUGUGGUUGUGGCUAUUGAUUUAUUAAUAUACGUUGUUAAUAUAUAAAUACGAUGAUUUUGUGAUCCCAUAGCUUAUACUUGUAAUUUUGUAUAAUUCGUGCCGCUAUAAGGGGCGCAAUCUACGAAUUUUUAAAUCUAGUUUUAUAAUUGAAUAUUUAAUAUAUUUUUGAUGUAAUUAUUUUAAUUUUUAGCAACUUUGUAUGAUUAUAUAUAUGUAAGAUAGAAAUGAAAAGUAAAU